AGCUUACCAAAUAAAGACGAUUUAUUUUUUUUAUUAUUAGAAACGGACACGAGAUUGCAAAAUUCAAUGCGGGUGGCUGUGACAGCGUCAGAGGUGUGAUAAUAAAUAAGGGGAAAAGAAAGAGCAGCGGAGUGGAGUAGAGUGGAGUGAAGCAUCGUGUCUUGAUAUUUGUGAAGUAGGUGGGUGAAUUUGAAAUCGGUGGCCUUUGGAUCGAGGCGUUGGUCGAUGGGGGAAGAAAGGGAGGAGAUGAAGGCUGCUGGACUUGGAACUGGAUAUCGGGAAUUCAGUGGAAGGCAUGAAUUCCCGUCCAACAUAGUGCACGGCGUGUUAGCUGUUGCUUUAUGGCUUUGGACUCUCCAUUUAAACGCCCUCUUGCUUCUUUCCAUUCUCUUCCUUCCUUUUUCCAAAUUCCUUGGGGUGCUUGGAUUCCUUUUGGUUUUCAUUUUUCUCCCUAUCGAUCCUCACAGUAAAUUUGGGCGGAAGUUGGCCAGGUAUAUAUGUAAGCAUCUUUGCAGUUAUUUUCCCACCACUCUCUAUGUUGAGGACAUUCAUGCCUUUCAUCCCGAUCGCGCUUACGUUUUUGGUUAUGAGCCACAUUCAAUUUGGCCAAUUGGAGUUGUUACACUCGCUGAACUUACAGGUUUCAUGCCUCUUCCGAAAUUGAAAGCCCUUGCAACCAGCGUUGUAUUCUACACUCCAUUUUUGAGGCACAUAUGGACAUGGUUGGGUGCCUCAGCAGCAACAAGGAAAAAUUUUUGUUCCCUAUUGGAUGCUGGUUAUAGUUGUAUUAUAGUGCCUGGUGGAGUGCAGGAGAUAUACCACAUGGAGCAUGGUUCUGAGGUUGCAUUCCUUAGGGCACGAAAAGGAUUUGUUCGCAUAGCCAUGGAAAUGGGUUGUCCAUUGGUCCCAGUUUUCUGCUUUGGUCAGUCACAUGCCUACAAGUGGUGGAAACCAAGUGGGAAGUUGUACCUGCAAUUUGCCAGAGCUAUCAAGUUCAUUCCCAUGUUCUUUUGGGGAAUUUUCGGAACUCCUUUACCCUAUCAACAUCCAAUGCAUGUGGUGGUAGGCAAACCUAUUGAGUUGAAGAAAAAUCCACGGCCUACAGACGAAGAGGUCCUUGAAGUACAAGGCCAAUUUAUUCAAGCCCUUCAAGAUCUCUUUGAGAGACACAAAGCUCGGGUUGGAUAUGCUGAUCUUCCAUUAAGGAUUCUUUGAUAUGAACUUACUUUGGGGUUGAGUCCUUUCAUGGAAUUCUGUUUGUUGAGGUAUUCCAAGCAGAGAACAAAGCUAAAGCAGGAUUUUAUCAAUAAGAAAAUUAUUUCAUUGCAAAUCUUCCCCUAUAAAUGAAUAUUCUGAACUGAUUUUUAUUAAUGCAGCUGCCCCUUUUUGGCAAUGCUGCGCGUCCAUUCCAUUUUGUGAUAAAUUUGUUGGAUAAACAAUCAAUGAAAUGAUUAAAUGAAAUCAAGAGCUAUAGAUAUAAUUAGA